CUGCUGCCAACCGAGCGUGCUCGGAUGGCAUUCUGGCUUAGCACCCCGUGUGCUUGGAGGUGCGGUCGCGGGGGGGGGGAGUGCUUGCUUUGUUGGAGUUGGCGAGGAGUCGCUCGCCCUUGAGCUCUCCCACCGUGACGUGCUUGCCCGCGGCGGCCUGCUCGACGAGAGUGGGCGCCACCGACGCGCGUCCGGCCGUGGCGGCGGACGGGCACAGCACGGUGCAGAUGCUUGGGUCAUGCGAGGAAGCCACGGUGGACGAGACAGCCUGUCUCGCCAGCCUGCCCGCUGAGCUCCUCGGCGCUGUCCUCCCGGCGGCCGGUCUCGUGUCGCUGGCGUCCUCCUGCAGCGCAAUGCGGGACUCGAUGGCGCCAUUUGUGAACGGCUGGCUGGAGCGCGGCCUCGACGCGCUCUUCCGAAAGGCGUGUGGGCAUGAGACUGCCGGCGCCAACCUCUACGGCGCGCGCGAGAGGUGGUCGGCCUUUGUUGCCGCGCGGAGGUCGCUCGCCCUAGCCAAGUGCUCGCUGCGCCUCGAGGAGAUCCGGCUGCUCCUCCACGCCCACCGCCUAGCUCCCGCGGCAGGGCUGCGCCACCUCUCGCUGCGCAACAACGGCCUGGGGGACGAUGCGACGGCGCAGCUGGCUCGCGCGAUCGGCUCCGGAGCGCUCCGGUGGACGGAGACGCUCUUUCUGUGCGGCAACCACAUCACGGACCUUGGGCUGCGGUCGCUCGUCGAGGCGCUCCACUGCGACAACAACCGGCUCGGCGACGGCGCCCUCUUCCACCUCGGCGCCUGCCUCUCCCGCGCGCCGAUUGGCCGGCUGCGUCUCCUCUCGCUCCGCACGAACGGCAUCGGCGACGUUGGCUUCGGAGGGCUCGUCCACAGGCUGCUCGGCGCUUUGCCCGUGCUGCUGCCUCGAUUGCCAGAGCUCCGGCUCGGCGCGAACCGCAUCAGCGACGCGGGGCUUGAGAGUUUGGUCGAGGCCCUGCAGGAGGGCGUGCGCGCACACCCGGCGCUAAAGCGGACCCUGCAAAACAAGAUCGGCGCGCUGGACCUCAGCGAGAACCCAAUGGGCGACGGCGCCCUCAUGGCGAGAUUCGAAUCUCUCACGAUGAGGAACAUCGGUCGCUUCCUGUAGCUCUUGCCCGAUAGGCGGCUUCGGCCUCUAAGCGAGCUCUAUCCGCUGUGCGCUCUGUGGUCUUUCUCGGGGUGGUGCUAUUUCGUUGACGAGGUGUAAAAUACACGCAACCACACGGGUCACGGCUU